AUGCAUCAGAAGAAAUCAGAAGUACAGAUCGGAAAAGAAAGCACUGGCGUCUCUUCCGAUUUCAACCCUACUCCACCGCUAUUUGUUUUCCCUUCAAAUAUUCAUCAAAAACAUCAACCUUCAUCUGAAACCACCACUGCUAUUCAAGGAAUUCCUCAAAUUUUGAUUCAAAAUGAUCCUAUUACCCCUUCUCCUUCUCCUUACAAACGUCCUCAACAUUCUUCCUCUCUUUCUAAAUCCCCAACUUUGUAUCAAUUGAAUCCUCCAUUCAAUUCUCACCAACAAAACCAAACUUUUAUUUCCUUUCCAAUUGCUGCUAAAUCCGCUGCUUUUCGUUUCCUUCGCCGUUUUAAACACCUUCGUCGUCUUAGAGUUCAUCUUCGUUUAAUCCUUUUAUUAUCUCUUCCAUUUUUUUAUUUCUUGGUUUCUAAUCCUAGUCAUUCCUUUUUUCUGGAUUUUCUAUCGGCUUUCGCCUUCUCAGCAGCUUUAUUAUUCUCUUUAAACCUUGCACUCCCUCGAUUACCUUCAAUUCGCUUGUUCUUAGCCCGUUCUUUCCCUAUAAAGCUCGCCACAUCUCCUACAAUAACUAAACCCCCUUUACCUGUGUUUUGGUCUAUUGGGUCGCGCCCCAAAUUGGACAAAAGGGUAAAUUCUGGGUGCUGGGUGCAGGUUUAUAGGAACGGGGACGUAUAUGAAGGUGAAUAUCACAAGGGGAAAUGUUCAGGGAGUGGAGUGUAUUAUUAUUACAUGAGUGGGAGAUAUGAAGGGGACUGGGUUGAUGGAAAAUACGAUGGGUAUGGAGUUGAGACUUGGGCGAGAGGAAGCCGUUAUAGAGGGCAAUAUAGGCAGGGCCUUAGGCACGGGUUUGGUGUGUACAGGUUUUAUACUGGAGAUGUUUAUGGAGGAGAGUGGUCUAAUGGCCAGAGUCAUGGUUGUGGAGUUCAUACUUGUGAGGAUGGAAGUCGUUAUGUUGGGGAAUUCAAGUGGGGUGUCAAGCACGGCCUUGGCCAUUACCAUUUCAGAAAUGGGGACACAUAUGCUGGAGAAUAUUUUGCAGACAAGAUGCAUGGUUUUGGUGUCUAUCGUUUUGCCAACGGGCAUCGGUAUGAAGGAGCAUGGCAUGAGGGUAGAAGGCAAGGGCUUGGAAUGUACACAUUUAGAAAUGGGGAAACCCAAUCCGGUCACUGGCAAAAUGGAAUUCUGGAUGUUCCAAGUACACAGAACACCACUUAUCCUGUAUGUCCUGUGGCUGUCUAUCACUCCAAAGUACUCAAUGCAGUUCAGGAAGCACGACGAGCAGCAGAAAGAGCUUAUGAUGUGGCCAAGGUUGAUGAGAGGGUAAAUAGGGCAGUAGCAGCUGCUAACAGGGCAGCAAAUGCAGCUAGAGUUGCAGCGGUUAAGGCUGUCCAGAAACAAAUGCAUCAGAAUAAUAACAAUGACAACAUUCCCAUUCCAGUUGAUAGACUCUCAUGAACGGCUUCAUUUUAAAUAGAAUUAGGUAAGGUGUCAGUAAUUGGACAGUGACUGACCCAUCUUCUUCUAAGUGGCUGUAAAUGCGAGAUUCUUCCUUAACUGUUGCUUGUUAAGGAGGGAGACAGUCCGAGAGGAUCAUAUUUUAGUCAGUCCUUUUAAAAUGUCUUGUAUACACGAGUGAUUCCCUCCAAAAAUAGAGAGUGGAGAGAGAGAGAGAGAGAGAGCAGAAGUAAUCGUUACUAUGGUUAGUUUAUAUUUGCUUUUGUAUCUUUGUUACAUUUUUGUAAAGUUAGAUGUAAUGUAAAUGCUGGAGCCCUGGUAAAAGAACCUCGACCCAGCUUUUGUUGUAUGUGAACUAUUGGGUCUGGUUCUGGUUCU